GAAUUGCAGAGAGCUUUGCUCCGACCACCGAAGGUAUUGUCGACGGUCGGCGAUGGCUCCUCUACAGCCCAAAAAUGGGAUGUUCGUUGGACUGAACAAAGGCCACAUUGUCACCAAGCGUGAAUUGGGUCCUCGACCUUCUGAUCGAAAGGGUAAAACGAGCAAGAGGGUGAAUUUUGUGAGGGGAUUGAUAAGGGAAGUUGUGGGUUUUGCUCUCUAUGAGAGGAGGAUCACUGAACUUCUGAAGGUGGGUAAGGAUAAGCGUGCACUCAAGGUUGCCAAGAGAAAGUUAGGUACCCACAAGAGGGCAAAGAAGAAGAGAGAAGAAAUGUCCAAUGUACUCCGUAAGAUGAGGUCUGGUGCUGCGUCUCAUGAGAAGAAAAAGUGAAGUGAAAAUCCAAACGGUUUGAAAUUGUCUCCUUUAAUCUAUGGAUGAUAUUGUAGCUUAGUAAUGCCAGUUGAUUUUUGUUAUGCCUUUUUAUGAUCCUACUUAAAAGGGUUAAAAGUUCUGAAAUUUUGACUUCCUUUGAGAUAUUUGGAUUUUCCUUUGCCUCCAAGUUUUCUUCACGAGCCACUAGCUUGAUCUAAUUUUUGUGAUGUGCUUGAUUGAUCCCAUAUUGCUAGUCAAAUCCUUGUAUCUUUGUGCAACUUUUUAUUUAGAAAGCUAUAUAUCUAUCCUAAUGACUUAGUUGUGCCUGCUAAAGUAUAUAUGCAGUAGUCAAGACUUGAUGUAGAUGAUGCAAGUUGGGCUGCUGGCAUGCUCUUUUUUGUGGCAAAAACCUGCUGUGUGAUGACCAAGAUUGGAUAGGAGUAUUUUGGCAACGUAGUUCAGAAUAUUUUGAGGAAUUUGGGAUCACCCUCCCCCUACUUUGAGUUGUCUACUAGGAUCCGUCUCUGCCAUGCGUUGUGAGAGAAUACGUAAAUAAUCAUCUAUAUAACAG